AUGGCCGAGAUGCAUACUUUGCUCUUUUUGCACAGUAUCGUGGAAGGGGGCACUUCACCAAUGAACGCCAAGCUGCUGUCCGUGUCCUUGCAACACUUCACUGGUAAAGCUCGGGGCUUCACUUGGAACACUAUUAUCAGUCGCCUUAUUGGAGCCUUCAACGACCUCAAGUUUAACGGUGAUCCACGCUCUGAUGCAAAUAAGGUUGACGUACUUCUCAAGAAAACUGUUGGAGAUUCCUCACUUUCCAAUGGAAGAUCACAUAUGACUGGAGAUGCCGUUCUCCGCUCCAAUUUCCAAGGUGCCAUCGAUUAUUUAACAGCACAAGUUUUAGCUGCAGGUAACAACAACACCCAGCGCCACAAUCAACAACUUGCUGCUUUCACACAAGGUGGUGGUGGCGGACGUGGUGGUGAUGGGAGAAGUGGAAGCCGUGGCCGAGGAAAUGGUGCCUCAAACCGUCUGCAAUCAAAUGUUCCGGAUUGCUUUAGCCGCAAUGGUAUCCUACUAAAUGAUGGAGGUUAUUCAAAUCAAAUCUGGAGAGAGGAGUUUACACAAGAAGAAAGGAAUAUUUGUCUAGAGAUGCGUCGCAAUCGCCGCAACGGUGGUGGUGGUCGUGGCGGAAGAGGCCGCGAAGGCCGUGGUGGUCGUGGUCGCGGUCGUGGUAUCAGCGCUGUCCAUGAUGGACGAACUGAUCAAGAAGAAACAAAAGAAGAAGAUAAUACUGAUGGGCAUGGGGCAGGUGUAGGAAUGAGUCGUCACCGCCGCAACAAUGGUGGCCGCGAUUGA